ACUGGCAAACCCACGCGUUCCCCGCUUAUUGAUUGGCCACUCCUAUUCCAAUUCUGCCCAUUCCUAUUCGUCUCCCUCUCUUUCUCUCCCUGACGUUCCACGGCUUGGCAACUUAUGCUUCCCAGCCAGCCAGCCAGCCCUCUUGCUUUGUCCACGUCCAUGUGUUCUAGCCCCGCCUUGUCUCGUCCCAAGCUCGCGCGAGCAGCAAGUUCGGAGUGGCAAGGAUAGCAAGGAGGCGGCAGCGGCGACGUUGUCGUCGUCGUCGUCCGCGUGAGGCCCGCCGGUGGCCCCUCCCGUGAGCGGUGGCCCUGGGCUACGGCCAUGGCGUGGGCGAGGCUAGUGCCUGGGGCUACAGACAGUUUGCGAUGGCGGGCUGGGAGCUGGCGAAAGCAGUUACUGCUGCUAUGGGGCGCCCUAUGCUUUUGCCCGCGGCCGGCGGAGGCCCUGGUGGAGGGCUUGUAUUGCGGGAAGCUGGUGUGCUACGACGUCCUCGGCGUGAGCCGCGAUGCUAGCAAGGCUGAAAUCGCCCGCGCGUACCGGCAGUUGGCCCUGCGCUACCACCCAGACCGGCUGCGGGACCCGGACCCGGACGGUAGAGGAGCCGAGAGCGCUCAGGAGAAAUUCCUGCUCAUCGCCACCGCCUACGAGACCCUCAAGGAUGAAGAAACUCGUAAGGAUUAUGAUUAUAUGUUGGAUCAUCCUGAGGAGUAUUACAGCCAUUACUAUCACUAUUAUAGUAGAAGAUUGGCACCCAAGGUAGAUGUUAGAAUCGUGAUUCUAGUCACUGUCUGUGCCAUCUCUGUUUUUCAGUUCUUCAGCUGGUGGAGUAGCUACAACGAAGCGAUCAACUACCUAGCAACAGUGCCAAAAUACCGUAUACAAGCCACUGAGAUUGCCAGGCAACAAGGGCUACUGAACAGAGCCAAAGAAAAGGGCAAAAACAGGCGGUCCAAGGAAGAAAUACGCAAGGAAGAUGAGGAAAUAAUCAAAGAUGUAAUAAAAAACAAAAUUGAUAUCAAGGGUGGUUAUCAGAAACCCCAAAUAUAUGACAUUCUCUUAUUUCAAAUCCUUUUAACACCUUUUUAUCUGUGCAAGUACAUCGGAUGGUAUUGUUGGUGGAUUUAUUGUUUCAAUAUCAAAGGACAAGAGUAUGGUGAAGAAGAGAAGUUGUAUAUCAUACGCAAAUACAUGAAAAUGUCCCAGUCCCAGUUUGACAGUUUGGAAGAUCACCAGAAAGAGACUUUCCUUGAACGACAGCUCUGGAUAAGAGAGAACUAUGAGCUUUACAAACUAGAGCAAGAGGAAGAGCUGAAGAAAAAGAUGGCCAUGGACCCUCGAUGGAAAAGAUAUAGACGUUGGAUGAGAAAUGAAGGACCUGGAAGACUAACUUUUAUUGAUGAUUGACACUUGCUGUAACUAGUACAGUUCAGUGAUCAUUGGCAAGAAAAUUCAUACCUAAAGCAUUAAGAGUUUAACUGCUGCGUCUCAGCAGUGUUCUAAAACUCAGGAAGUACUCAAUCAGGCAGAAAACUAGUAACAUUUUGUGAUUUUUUUAUAUAUAAAACAAUAAAAGCAAAUCUGUUAA